AGGUUCGAAGUAGAACGUAGAACUGUAGCUACAUGAGCUGCUUCGCAGAGCUCCGAGGGCAGCACCCUAGUGUUCAACAAUUUUGUUUGUCCGAAGAUAGACGUACCGUUAUUCCAGCUUGUUUCACUAAGCAGUCGGUGAUAUUAGAGAACUGGCUUAGCGACGAAGGCCUAGCCUUGAAGCCUAACACGUGGGAUACCAGGCUGGUCGCUAUGAUGAGCCCGAGCCCCGCAGCUUGAAUGAUAUUAUUGUAGCUCGUCGAGAACAGAGGAGGGACCAACGCUCCCGGAGACACCUGUGCCUGAGGAACAUGGAGCCGAGAGCCUUUAACACGCACCACCAUCCCGGCUUGAUCUAGCAGACAGUUUGAGAUGUUGACGAAGAGAUCCGGAACCUUCACUGGCCACGUCACAGGAUUCGCCACGCUGGAUACAAUCGUCGCAGCUAUCAGAAAUCCAAGCCCGGCCGCUUGAAUGAAAGGACUGUAGUUGGUCGAGAACAAGGGAGGAACCAAUACUCCUGGCGUCACCUGCGUCUGGUACAUGGCAGGGUUGAAGUGAAUCGACAGGGUUGCCAGGUCACCGAUGUUGUCGCCCGACGUAUGCUGCGAUAUACCAGCGUCAUUUGUACAAAAGGUCACGGUAUACCUGGAGAAGAAGGAGUUCUGUGACCUUGGAACAUGCACGGAACAAGUCGAAGGCGUCGUGACCCUUGACCGUUCCCAGCUGGAAUCGAGCGAAAGACUCCUGGUGGCAUUAGUGGGAAGGUUCCGCUAUGGCCGCGAAGAAGACGAGAUCUUGGGGAUGUCCCUGUGCCGAGAAAUCUACCUGGGCCACGCUCAGCUGUGCCCGGGAGACGGCUCAAAGACGCCUGGAGAGCCUGGCACUUCUUACGGAAGGUCUUCCAGGAGGAUCUACGCCAUCCAGCGCGGAGCGGUGCACGAGAGGCUUCUCGCUGCUCUCGGUGAGGACGCCAUACCUUUCCGCUUCGAGUUCCCCACGGAUGCCCCAGUGUCUACAGUGAUGCAGAGACUGACCCCGGAGUCCGGUGACACUUGUGGGGUCCGUUACUACGUCCGAUGUUACACCACCAUGGAAGUGGACGAGAAGCCACCUCCGCAGAGUUGUGUAAACUUGCCGAUUCGCAAGGCACAGUUUGCGAACAUACCGAAGCCCCUACCGUCUUCGCCACGAACCAGUUCGGUCUGCAAGGACUUCGCUCUCAAUGGAGGGAAAGUCGUGUUAGAAGCCAGCCUUAAAAAAGAUGUGUAUUGCCACGGAGAAGACAUUGUGGUGAAUGUGAAAGUGCAGAAUGACUCUCACAAGACUAUCAAGCAUGUCAAAGCUUCAAUAUUACAAGUGGCCGACAUCUGCAUGUUCUCCACAGGAAGGUGGAAGGUUUCUGUAGCUGCUACAAGCAACAGGGGCGACAGUCCAAUUCAAGCGGGAACGACAUUUGAAACGGAAGUUCGGCUCAAGCCAAUGUUAGAAGAAAAUCGGAACAAAUAUGGCGUCUUCGUACAGAGUUACAAUGGCCAGGAACCAGAUUGCCUUGCAUCCUCUACAAUACUCUCCGAACAAGCCAAGAAGAAUAUCUUCGGCAUUGUCGUUUCCUACGAAGUUAAAGUGAAACUCUGCCUUGGAACGCUUAGUACGCUUUCUGGGAGAGGAGAAGUUGCCUGCUUCGUACCAUUCCUGUUGAUGCACCCUGAACCCGCUGAGUUGCCCAACCCAGUUAUCAGAGAAGAAACUGAGGAGAUCCUCACAGUCCACAGGGCUCCUACUCCGCCACCUUCCACGUCGUCCCCCUUGCCACUCACCAACGGUAUAGGCAUGUCCGACACCGAGCCCGUGGGCAUCAUUUCUCCGCCACCCAACGCCGAAGGGUCCACAGACUCCGAGAGCCCGCCAGACUCGGCCGCUAUGACGCUGGAUGACGACCUCGAUCCGGAUUUUACUCUGACGGAAAGUCCCGCUGGGAGACCCGGCUCUCUGUCGGACCCCGAGGUGAUCCAAAAACUUUCCGACCUCAACGUCAGCGGCGUUCCACUAAUAGAUUGAAGCCGCCGGAUGUGAGACCCGGGGGGUAUUGUUCUUUGAGGUUGUACGGGCAACACUUUUGUGUGCUCUCUAACCGAUGUCCACCUUGUUGACAUUCGAAGUGUUCGAAUACAGUGACACUGUAUGUUGUGUAAGGUUUGCCUUAUACACCAUAUUGCGCUAUGUGUCCCCCCUUUAGGAGACUGUCAAGCUUUUUGCUUUUUUCAGAUUUACAUCAUAAUCUGACAAUUGUGUACGUGGCUCUUCAGUUUCAUUCAGAUAUGCGGAGCUCCAAAGGCUAAAAAGGGCACGCUACGAAAAACUGGCAAAACAGGCAUCGUAGUAGCUGCUCUUUCUGUGUUUUUUGUAAUCGCUGAUGUUUCUGGUGAUGUGUGGUCCUUGUGGCUGAUAGCAACUGUGAUGUAGCGACCAUUCCUGCAGGUGAGGUUAUGUUUUGUCUUUGCCUUGUGUCUAAACUUGAGGUGCUAUUUGAAGGCCAUGUACAGUGACGUGCAUGCAUACAUACAUACUCGAUUUUUCUUACUGUUAAACAAACCGGCAGCUGCUGCGUGAUGCAGAAGUUUUCAUAUUGAAGGUCCUUCGUGCAGGAGGACAGAAAGUUACAUGUUGAAGCCUCCACCUUGCAAAAAGAAAUUCAAUUCGCAGCACUGUACAUUUUCACAAACUGAAUUCCGUUGUGUACAGCACCGCGAUAUUGUUUUGGAAUAAGGACAAUCUGACACGGUUUCAAGAGUUACGGUAUAAACAAAACUACACGAAUACUGUUGGCAUCAUGCACAGAUAAGAGCUUGUACGUUUUCAUGUGCAGGCACACGUCCUGCACACGCCUAUAUAUACAUAUAUAUAUAUCUAUAUUUGAUACACAUCUGCAGCUUGUAAAUAACUACACGUAUAUAUUCGUAUAUCUAUGAUGCUGUUGCUUCCACAGGAUGUGCGAGAAAAAAAAACAAUCUGCGAAUGCGUAACCCGUACUAAAUAGCAACAUCUGGUGCACAGUGUUUUCUGCCAAUACAUGUUUUGUCUGAUGUGAGAAGCGAGAGGUGCGCGUUGCCUCGGUGAAAUACUCUGCCUUGAAUCUCCUUGGAAGUGUACCACACAAACCGUGCUACAAGAGACCACACGUAGAGACCAGACAUAUGUUUCCAUUCGUUAAGAAGUGGAACACAAACACGUUUUUGCAUCAAAAGUUUAGAGCUAGUCCAUGGACAACGUAGAUUAUCAAGAAACUAGCACUUAAUUUCCCCUCCCUAAGCAACUGCGGUUGACAUGUGUGUACAUAUUUAACGGCUGAUUGUGGCUUCCAAAAAUGAAACGACGGAUCAUCAAGAAAAAGAAGAGUCGUGGUAGCUGAAUUUAGUCUUUUCCAUAAUUUUUAGCAGUUUUUCAACAGAGCACAAAGAUUUUUCUUUAUCAGCAUCAUUCAGACACACUAGGCAGCUUUAUAGCUUCUUCAAUACAGCGUUUAUGUUCUGGGUGAAGUACACUGUGGUGAUCUUUUGCGACUCUCUCUCAAGCAUGUCAUGAAAUUAUUUGUAGAGUGCACUCUAAUCUAUGUACAAAGAUGAAAAAGGCACGUAUAGUCGACUUGGACCUGUGAUGAAUGCGGCUAAAGUAUAUAAACGUGUGCGGUGAGCAAAUUAUGUUUCUCAAUAAGAACCUGUGAUUAUUGCACAAUGUGUAAUUCCUUCUAUUUUUAUUGCUGCAUGUGCUGUGAAACGCUGUAGGCUAUACAGGUUGUAAGCAAACUUGCUUCGUUGACAAUAAAAAUAAAGCGGGGUGAAGAGUCCCUGCAAGCCGUA